ACACUUGGGCAAACACCCCAACUUCGAGAAGCCCAAACCACCAAAAGGAAAGCAGGCUGAAGCUCACUUCGCCAUGCGUCACUACGCUGGAACUGUACGUUACAACGUUACCAACUGGCUCGAGAAGAACAAGGAUCCCCUCAAUGACACCGUUGUUAGUGUCAUGAAACAAUCCAAGGAGAAUGAGCUCUUGGUAGAGGUCUGGCAAGAUUACACUACCCAAGAAGAGGCUGCCCUCAAGGCCAAGGAAGGCGGAGGAGGAAAGAAGAAGGGUAAAUCUGGAUCUUUCAUGACUGUCUCUAUGCUUUAUCGUGAGUCUCUCAACAAGUUGAUGACUAUGCUCCACAAGACCCAUCCUCACUUCAUCCGUUGUAUCAUCCCCAACGAGAAGAAACAAUCUGGAAUGAUUGAUGCCGCUCUCGUUCUCAACCAGUUGACAUGUAACGGUGUACUCGAAGGUAUCAGAAUUUGCCGUAAAGGUUUCCCCAACAG